CACGCCACAUGCCAUUCCACAAACUCAUUCCUCCUUUUACCCGCGCCGAAUUCUGAGUUAUCUUUAGUGUAGUAACGAAGCUUUUUGACAGACGGACCUGUCUCCUUCCAAGGUAUUGUAUAAAGAUUUAUAGAGUAACAACAUAUCUGUCAUAAAUCUUGUCAGUGAGUGUGUAAUUGCCUAGUUUGCCGAGGUUUUGCUCUGGUUGCCUUCGACUCUGACCGACCAUAGUUUAUCAGUCCGGCAGUCGAGUCGACGACUUCAAUCUCUUCAUUUUUCUAUAUUGAGCUUCUUGUUAGCUAAUGGAUCAGACCAAAUGUGAACCGUUUUUUAAAUUUGUACGAAAGGAUCCUUAAGGCCGACUUAAUUAUUUAAGAAACAAGAUAGUAUUUGCUUCUACAUUUGAAAGUAGGCGACGCUGUAAAGAUGUGUUCGUAUCCGUCUUCCGUGGUGACCCUCACCUGAACCGAAUACACUCAGUCAUGUAUAAAAUUUGGAAGCAAACCCUUUGUAGACCAGAGAUCCAAGAGGUUUAAAUCAUACAAAGAUUCUGAAAAUGAUGAAACGAGAGCUUGUUAGAUUCGAAUUUUUAUUCAGCCUGCUUUGGUAGAAUUGUCGAGUAUAUAAGUUAAUUGUUAGAGCCGCGUGUCUCAGCAUGGGUCACGCGAUCGGCUAUUUCUGAAAAUCGUUCAUUGACAAUUAUUAUACUGAGCUAUAUAGCACUAUUGGCAGCUCUGAGGAGUGAUUUUUUGUGCGUGCAGUUAACGUUAUUCUGAACCCAAAAAGCAGACUCGGGAAAUCAGUAAAUUAUUUCAACUCAAUCUAGAGCGCUAGGAUACUGUCUGAGAAGCUUUUAUAAAUUUCCCAAAAUAUUAUUUAGAGAUUUAUCUAAUUUGUUUACGUCAGCCUCAAACUCGAAUCAAAUGUUGAGCCACAAUGAUCUUGUUGGCUUGCCCGUUACAAACUUAAUUCAGUUAUGAUUCCGCUCGAGACAGCUUUUUUGGCUAUUCUAGUCAUUAAUUUUGCAAAUUAAAUUUUCGCUAGUAGGUCUUAUUCUAGGCGAGGUAGUUGUUAUAAUAGUAACUUGAAUUGUUUUGCCUUGUCACAGGAAAAUAUUUGUACCUCAUUAAUUUGAGUUUUUAUCUUCUUAAAUUUAAUUAGAUUGAGUGUUGGUCCUUAUAUCAUUUCCUCGAUUUUGUUAUUUAGUGAUUACGCGACAAAAACCGGGAAGAAGGAACACCUCGGAAAUUCCAAAAAAUAAGGCUAAAUUUUUUACACCAGAAUAGAUUUCACCGUAUUCAUGACUAGUCCGGAACAUUUUGCACACUUAUAGAUACGUGAAUUUGGAAUAAGAACGUCCCCUUUCGGUCGCGUGUCCAGAGAUUUUGAAUUCGGAAUCUAAAUGUCCGAACGAAUAUUCUCGAAUUUACUGAUGUACGUAAACCAGUAGCGGAUCCAAACCUUCAGAUAAGUGGGGGGCCCGGUCACUCCAAACCCUGAGAUAAGGGGACGAGGAGGGCCGGUCUCAAAAAACAUUUUUUUGACCCUUCAGGCCUCAGAGUUUGGUCUAAAAAUAAGGGGGGCCGGGUCCACGGACCCCUUCCCUGGAUCCACCACUGUGAACUCCUGUGAAUCUGAUUACCCUAAAAAAACAUCCGGAAUAAUCUCAUGUGGUGUAAACGCAGCCGAAGUCAAAAUAGUUGUUUUAAGAAACAGAAAGAUCGUUAAAAGGUUUUACAGAUUAGGGUUAGUAUUUCUGCUUGUCUUCUUGAGUUUUUUAUUGCCAGCAGGGUUGUCCAAGGGUUGUCCCGAAGUGUUCCGGGGUGUUCUGGUAUUCCGGGAUAUAAAACUUUUCCGUUCAUUUGAAGCUUAAGUAGUAGAAUCUGUCAUGUUGUAAUAAAAGGUAUCGCAUGAUCAAAGCAACCGAGCACCAAACAAAUGUUAGAGACUAAUAACAUGGAGGUGGGGGACCCCAGUUAGGUUAGGUGGUGUAUCCCGCCUAUCCACGUUUGCAUGUUCCUCAGUCUGCCAGACCGGGUACCCUUCUCAGCCGGGGUCAAAUUUUGCUAUUUUUAAAGUUGGUCAGCCUACCUUAAAGGCAAGCCAGGGUCGGAUUCGUGUUUACAUCAGAUUCGUUGACUUAACAACUAACUGUCUUCGAUCUUCGAGGAGGAUUUGUAUCAUUAAAAGUAACAAUGGAAAGCCAUAGCACUGAAAGGUUUCAGCAAAAGCAGCAAGCUGAGUUGAAGACGUGAUUGACAAUGAAGAUCGACGUGCAGAUCUUAUCAGGCGAUUUCCUUAUGCCACCGCUAUUGAAGUGGGGGGAGAGGGUAAGAUUAAAGUAGUUGAACAGAGGGUGAAAUCAAUGUCUAAAGCCCGGAGUAGUUAAUCGCGAAAAAAUCGGCAUCGAUUUUUCAAUCGAUAAAUCGAUAAAAAUCGGUAUAUCUGAUUUGAUUGAUAUCGAUUGUAUCGAUUAGUCGGUAGUAAUCGAUGAUACUCUAGAUUCGUUUAUCGAUUUAUCUAGAUUUUACCAAUUUCAUCGAUUUAUAUAUCCAUCUUCUGUUCAACCAAUAAUGAAAACUGAUUUCAUGCAAACAGUGAAUUUGUUGACAAUUGAGUCCCAGACGUUCCUUCGCAGAAAACGUCCCCAGCGGCGAAGAGCGAGGAGAAACGGAUGUUUUAGCCGGCUAACCCUGGCAGGGCCUUGGCAGUUUGGUUGUUGUUGUUCAUUCAGUUUGGGGAGGUUGGGCGGGGGGUUAAGGCGGACUAGGGUUCAAUUGAGAUUGUAAGAAGAAGUAAGAGUAGGUAUUCACCAGGAGUCCAUCAAAUGCACUUCUGGUAUUCGCAUAAAUCAGGGUGAUGGGCUCCUGCAUAAACCUUUUGGUCUGCUAAUGAGCUCAGAGGCACCUUAAUUGUUCUGUGGUGAACUACCUGCUACUAAAAUUGUCUACCCAUUUUUACCUGCCUCGUACCCAGACGACUCUCUCUCUCGAUGAAAAUGUGCGCGCAAGGAAAGGCGGGAAAGAGAAAACGGGCGAGACGUGCUUCGCCUGCCGUCUGUAUCCUUUCCAUGGUCCCUUGCUUUUCAUCACUAGUCGCUCGAGGCUAAAUUUUUACCCUUUAUAAGAUCUCCCACAGCAAUUCGUUUAAAACAUUCGGAAAAACUGUCGAAAAAAAUUCUCAAAAAACUCGACCGUAUUGAGCCAUUUUUUGAUUUAAUGAAAUUUUGGCUAGAUGUGGAAGAAAAGCGGUGGAAAUAAACAAAAAACAAGAUUUUUAACCUGACUUCCCCGGAGGCAUAUAAAGUAAUUCCACACGGCAUUUAAUUUCUCGAGCCAAAAGAGAAUACUGCGAUUAUAUCAAUACAUAAUGUUAUUGUUCAAAAAAUCCUAGUUGCAGUUUCGCCUUGUUUAUUUGAGUUAACUAAUGAAAAGGAUUCUUGGGCGUCUUUGGUUGAUAACUGUAAAGGGUUGAUUUCCACUGUCGCGUAAUUUUUCAGUGCGAAAGUACGUCAAAUUUACGUACGUAAAUGAAGUAGAGGCAAUGUAUGAAAGACUACGCGUAAAAGUAGAAGUUGAGAGAGUUUCAACUUUUACGUAUAAAUACGUUGUCUCUAUUUUAUUUACGCACGUAAAAUUUACGUGUGUACGCACGGAAAAAUUACGCGACGGUGGAAAUCCACCCUGGACAAUUCCAUGCAAUGUUCUUACGGAAGUAAAAUUUCCUUUUUAGGUCUCUAUGCAGCGUCGCGCGACCUGUUAAUGGAAUGGGUUGUUAUUAAAGGCGUCUCCGACUUCGCAGAUGGAAAGAACUCUGCCACAAAUGCCUGGAGACGGUUUGCAAGUAUUAUGGCCGCUUCUUUGACUGCUCACAUUCUUAGUGAUCCCAUUCCUUUCGAACAUUUGGCUCAUUAUGAAGGUAAGUGAUAAAAAAAAUUAUAUUUUAGUGCCAAAGUAAGGCCAAAAGCGACCUCGCGCUUGGAAAAUUGCCAGUCCAGUUUUCUUUAUUUAUUUCUUCCUUUUAUUUAUUCGUUCAUUUGUUGAUUGUGUUUUAUUAGAUGUCCUAAAUACAAUUUACAAUUUUGCUACUAAACACCAAAUAUUGCAAAAAAGUGCUGCACGUGUAAUAAUAUAACCUUCCAAUGUAAAGUAGUGCUUUCACCACAAAUACGAAGGGAAGAUCUCGCCUUAAGGUGGUGAAAGCAUUUAAGCCUUGUACAAAGUGCAUGAUACAGUGUUUCGAAAUGUACCUAGUUACCUCAACGUGAUAAAGAAGCCCUCGUGCACAGACAAGUUUGCCUUUUUACUCUGGGUCACUGUGUGUGGAGAAAAACAAUACUGCGUAUACUAAUAACAAAAAGUCUACAGAUAAUAGGACAUUGUGAUCUUCUCCAUGAGACAGUUUAUUGCAUGUUAUUCGUCUUUAUUGCAGGCGCAGUGACAAAAGAUGCUCAAACCCAGACAGAGAUAACCAUGAAUGAUAAAUUGUUCCAACAGUCCGUUAUUAGCACAUCACAGAGAGAGGACCCAGACGGUAAUUUUUUUUAGCAGUCCAUUAUGGUAGCUGCUAAUAGACAUUGAAAAUAAAUUUUAUCAGCUGAUAAACUGAAUUCAUCCACCACUGUCCAUUUCCACUCUGUGACAGUCCUCAGGUGAAGUACGCGUUCCACGAUCUACGUGUUGGGAUAUAUAGUGCCUUACCGCAGAUGUAGUGUGUAGUUUUUUUGUUUAGUAAUCCUCUUUUCUAAAUAUAGAUGGUAUUGAAAACUUCCGUGGUCAAGUCAACUCAUGCCGAGAGAAUGAUAAAAGGGUGGGAUAAAACCUUCGUCAAACUGUGUUGAUUUCCAUUUUUUUACAUGCUGCUGUCUUAACAGGGGAGUUAUUAGAAGAAGGAUUGAAAAGGAAGGCAGCAGAGGACAGUGAUCAGGUUGCCAAGCGACGCAAGUAGACUAUGGACCCAGUAAGUGAUCGAUGAUUAUCUUUUGGCUAUACCUUGUCUCGUACCUAGGUCUCACUCUGUCGCUGAAUAGCGGGAAAUGUAGGUCAUGUGCCCGUUUUUAGUGUCGUCACGCAACACUCCUCCCCACAAAAGAGAGGGGAGGAGCGGUGCGUGACGACUCUAAAAACUGCUCUGUAGCAGAUUAGUGCCAAUACUCUAGGGGUAUGUUCCUUACAAAUUUCGUCUUCGCGUCCGUAUGUCCUCAUGAUGUAUUGAAAGACAAAGGGAGGAUUCCCUCGAGUACAUCACAUGCCCUGCAUUGGGUACACACACGAUCUAAAGAAGUCUAUUAAACAUGAAUUAAUUUUUAUCAGGUAGCCAAAUGGCCUUUUUUCGAGGGGCAGCUGUUGAUCGCUUGGGAGAGAAGAAAAAUAAACAGUCAGCAGGAAUGACUCCGCAUUUCACCCUGUUUAAGGGACACCCGGCGACUCCUUUCUGUAAAAUAACAGUUCGAAGGAGCAAAUAUUGCCUAGAAAUCUCUAAAGCGUGAGGAAAGCUAAAAAUUUCUGGAUAACGGUUCCGCACGUCUAAAAAAUUCGGAGGUUUUCUAAUAACUUAACUACGAUUUUCGGAGAUUGUGUUAUUCACAUUUUGAUACCGAGAUAUUAAGAUUAUUGUUAAAAAAGGUCUUCUAAAAGCUUCGCUAUAAAGACAAAACGUCGCCUAUAAUUUUCUAAUGAAAGCAAGGCUACUUCAUGUGGGACCUCAAACUUUCGACCGGACCCAUUAGGGUAGCUAACACUCUUGGAUGAGCGAAAAAGCCACCUAAGACUUUCGUGACAACCAAAGUUCCCGUGAGACAUCCGAACAGAUAAAUAGUUUUUAGGGCAACUCCAAAUUAACCAAACGGGCUUCUAAAGCACAGAGAGAACCAUUUGAGACACUUCCGUCGUAUUGGAAAACAUUUGGUCGUUGGGUGCCCCUGCUGUUUCACCACCUUGUUGGCAGCCCUUGUAGAAGGCCUAAAUGUAAUAAACGGUCCUAAAUGUAAUAAAGUCCUUACUCGAAUAAGCCCCGCCCUCAAAUAAGCGCCGCAUUUGGGGCGUUGGGGAGUCAAUUAGCGCCACGGCGCUUAUUCGAGUAAAUACGGUACUAAGCGGUAUUGUUAUGGUAUUAAGCUCCGCUCUCAAAUGAGCGCCGCAUUUUUGGAGAAAAAAGUUAAUAAGCGCCGCGGCGCUAAUUCGCGUAAAUUCUGUACAUUUUCUUAUGAACUGUGAAACUUAAAAACUAUGUAAUUAUUAAGUCAGGAGCCUGUUGCGAAUAAGCAUUCCAACAUCAAAAACAAUUCCGUUGAUUCCUUUAUAGCAAGGCUUCUUAUUUCAGAAGUUCUCUUCAAUUCUUCUUCUAUUUCCUCUUCUGCCUUGUCACUGUUGUCAUCUUUUUUCAACAGCAACAAACGCAAACGAAGGUAGGGCUUCCUUAAAAACUUAUGUAACGACACAAGGUCAACAUCAUAUCUGUAUAAAAGCAUUAACAGCUCUUUUGAUUCUCUUACAGUGAGACUUACAGUGGAGCUCGUUAAUGUUGCUAUUCCUUUCCUUUCCUUUUUUCCUAUUUUUCCCCUACUUUCUCCGGGGCCACUUUCUUCCUGUCCCCUAGGUGCCCGUUGUGGAAAGGUACAAUAGUUCAUUUUUGUUACUUGUUAUGUUUUACAUAAUUGUAAACAAUAUGGAUUAACUAAUAAAAUGAAUGAAUGAAUGUAUAAGUAUACUUAAUAGACAAGAAACUGUUAUGUGUCGCUUUGAAGAAAUUUAUUCAUAAACGAGAAGUUCAGCGUUGCAUAUUAGGAAAAUAUAUCAGUACUGUUUUCCUCGAAUAAGGGCCGCGACGCUCAUUUACUUUUUUUCUCCCAAUGGUGGUGCUUAUUUGAGGGCGGCCCUUAUGCGUGUAAAUAUGGUAAUUGGUAAUGUACCGUCUUUACCAAUUACUGCGCUUGUUUUAGAGCGAUGCUUAUUCGCAUAAAUACGGUAAUUGGCAUCUUAAGAGUUUAUUACAUUUAGGGCCAAAUGUUAUUACAUUUAGGACUUUAUUAUUUAUUCGAUCAUGACAGUUAUGCAAACCUGAGACGACGUCGAGGGUUUGCAUAACUGUCUCGAAUUCUCCCAACCCCUCUAGUGUUCUAGUGUUUACAUCAGGCUAUGCAAACACAGGAAAAAAAGUUUUCUAUUGCUUAAAUAUUGCUUUUUUACAAAAAUACUGUUACUUUGCCGUUUACAAGCAAAUUAUUUGUAAACGUUAAUAUUCAUAGUGCAUAAGGAAAUGUACAGAAUUUACGCGAAUUAGCGCCGCGGCGCUUAUUAACUUUUUCUCCAAAAAUGCGGCGCUUAUUUGAGAGCGGAGCUUAAUACCAUAGCAAUACCGCUUAGUACAGUAUUUACUCGAAAAAGCGCCGCGGCGCUAAUUAACUCCCCCCGACCCAAAUGCGGCGCUUAUUUGAGGGCGGGGCUUAUUCGAGUAAUUACUGUAAUUGGCAGCUUGAGAGUUUAUUACAUUUAGGACCGUUUAUUACAUUUAGGCCUUCAACAGCCCUCUCUCCUCCUCCGAGAGGCCUAUUUGUGCCGUAGGGAGGCUGUGGAGAAGGGAAAAAAAUUGCUAUUUUAAUUGGGAUACCGGGGGGUGGGGGGGGGGGGGAAGUCUCCGUAGAAGAGAGAUUUUAGGCCCUAUCUUGUGAGGCGUGGACCUGGCGCUUCGUCCAGUAUAUAGGGCACAUGUUACGCCAUCCCGCACGCCACACGACAGCCAUGCCUUGCCGAUGAGUCUUAGCCAAGCGGAACCCACUGGGGCCGGACUAAUGCUGCAGUCCUUUGCUGGAGUCACUAUCAUCCGAAGCAGGCGGAUUGGUGUGUUUUCCAUUCGUGUUUAAUGAAGUAACCAUUCAAACAAGAAAACGAUAGGGGAGCGGGUGAGAGAAAAACGCCCACCGUUUUCUCGGUUUAUCUCUGUUUAGCUUUCUUGCGGCCUUGUCUCUUUCUUUACGAACCACAAACUUAGAAUAAUACACCAAAAACCUACUGCCUGCUUUGCAGUCAACGAUCCCUUUGGCCAGCGCUACGUGAGGCCAUAAUGUUCCAGCAUAAUAAGGGCUUUACUUGACGCAGGCGUAUAGAGUUCCGAAGUGAUGACGUCAUAAAAAUGAAAUUUGUGAAAUUAUGGGCUUUGUUAAGAUAUUCUGAAAGAACAACGUCCAAGACGCCUACUCGCCAAAAAUUAGCAAUUCGGGGCAAAUUGUCUCUGAGAUAUUAGCCCAGUUAUGCUCCGAUGACUCCAUACAAAUCCUUCUAAAUCUUACCUGGUUCCUAAUCGACCGAGCCAGGAGCCCAAAUUUAGAAGGAUUUUUAUGGAAUCGUCACAGCAUAACUGGGCUAAUAUCUCAGAGACAAUUUGCCCCGAAUUGCUAAUUUUUGGCGAGUAGGCGUCUUGGACGUUGUUCUUUCAGAAUAUUUUAACAAAUCCCAUAAUUUCACAAAUUUCAUUUUCUAUGACGUCACACUUCGGUACUCUAUUGAGAAAACUCCUGACUGGUUCAAUCGAUAAAACCGAUAAUCGAUAACAAUUGAUAAAAUCGAUAAAAAUUAGUUAAUUGUAUCAGAAAUCGAUAAAAAUCGAUAAAGAAAAACGUUGUGAGUAAUCGAUAAUUAUCGAUUUUUAAACUAUUGUUAUCGAUAUUAUCGAACUUAUCAAAUUUAUCAGCGCAAUACGUUUCCACGUAUUUAAGGGCAGCGUAGCAUCUGAACUUCCCGAAAACCAGACUUAAAAAAAAUUACUCUCGUAGGAUAAGUUUCACAAAUCAAAUAUUGAACAAAUACGUAACAUAAUCGGUAUUAUACUUAACAUGAUUCAGCGGAGAAACAAAACGUAACAACUUCUUCUUGCACUUUACUUAGAAACUAUUCAAGUUAAACACCGUUAAGACAUUGUACGACGGUAGUAUAGUGGACGUACAAUUCCGGGCUAUGAACGAGCGAGAAGGUCUUAAACGCAUCGGCAAAAACACAGCUUGUUUUUUAAACGCUGUCUCGGAAGAACCGGUAUUUUGCAUUUACAAGUGUCAACAAUACACGGUCCUUAAUCAGAAAACGAUAAAAUCGAUAACGUUUAAAUUUGAAUUAUCGAUAGUUAUCAAUUUAUCGAACGGUUUUCCGAUAUCGGUUUUUAUCGAUAUAACUAGUCAGGGAAAACUUGGCAUUCGAUAUCACUUCAUUUUUGCUGAUACCGCUGGUUUUCGUUAAGUGGUAGUUAUGGACAUUUUUUUCUUUUUUUAUCCACAGUAUUUGCGUCAUGUCCAGACUUCCACACAAGAAUAGUCCUCAGAAAUGGUGUCAAGCAGGAAGCAGUUAUUUUUUAGUUCUUGAGAAGUUGUGUUUUAGCUCUUAGGCGAUUGAAUAAAAUAAGGCAGGCCCUAAUUAAAGCAAAAAAUUGUUCAUUGCUAAGAACUGACAGUUUUCAACUAAAAGCCUCGUUGUUAGCUCAAGAGUGUUCCCAACUAGUUUCUCAGGACAUCUACCACUAGGAAUCUGGGUCUGACUUUCUAUUUCCGGCAACUGUCUCCCGGUAACUGACUUGUCGUGAUUUCCUAUGAUGCGCCAGGUGACAGUGCAGGAUCUUUCUGGCUUUCUCUCAGUUUAUGUGCAUC